AUGCAACGAACGCAUCGAACAAGGCUGGUACCGUUGCACGUCUACGUCUUUCUGACACUGGUCAUACUGAGUCUCGUUGCCAAACACGCAAUUCUGCUCCGGCUCACGUCUUUUGCUGUUUUCAAUGAGAGUGAGUUUUAGAAUUUUCACUUUUUCGCUCUUUUUUUCUUCUUUAUGCAUGUGACCUGUUCGAAAAAAAAUUUUUUUUUAAUUGGACUUCCUUGAGAAAUUGCGCCACUUUCAGUGGAGUUUUGAGUUAUGUAAUACUACUACUCUUUUCGAAAACCCAGCAAACAAAUUCGAACAGAAUAUAGACACAGCUAUUUGGGGCACCGAUGAAAAGAAAAACAACAUUUUCGAAUACGAAAAAAGUUUUCAGCGAUACCAAAACUCUUGUGGUGUUGCUAAAAUCGCUAAAAAAAAAAAACAAGAUUUUUGAAGCAAAUUAUCUUUUCAGUGGAUGAUACUUCUCCGUUCAAUUUUUCUGUCGGGGUACGGUUAGAACCGAAAAAGCAACGAGGAGUCGAGGUUCUGGUUCUGGUGAGCUCGAUGCCUCAGGAGCACCGUCUCAGGCAACAAAUCCGCUCUUCUUGGGCCAAUUUGAGCAAGGAACUCUCCCAGACCGUUCGCGUCGAAUUCGUUAUGGGCAGAGGAGUGAGUAGACCAGACAGCUCUGAAGUUGCAGACAGAAAAAAAACGAGGUUACAAAAAAGCAGUCCAGUGAAAUGAACUGGAAAAUUCGGCCUGGAAAUUUCAGUUUCAGUGGGCCGAUUAUUCGCGCUCCACGGACAAAUCUUGCGAAGAUUGGAUGAAAGAUUUGGAAAAAUGAUACUUGAGCUUUUUUUACCAAUUUUGAUGUUAGUUUAUAUCUCCUUAUCGUAUUUGUUUACAAGUUUUUUUUUUCUUAAGAAUUUUCCCAAAAAGAGUCUUUUGGAGAUGGUUUUGAAAGACUUUGUGCCGUUUUCUAAGACUUUCACCUCCGUAAAUUGAGAAUUAUUGUAAGUGGCGAAUCUAAGAACUUGAUAUAUAUAUCAAGUUCUUAGAUUUUAAAAACAAAAAAACGUUUUAAAACAAGAACAGAUACAUAAUAGCUUGUACGAAUAAAGUUGUCACCCAAAAUGACAUUUUCAAGAAUAAAUUCGUCGAAUACGGCCUCGAAAAAAAAAAUUUGAGAAAAAUCUCACAGCGUUUCUCUUAAGAAAGUCCAUUUGAAAAUUCUAAAACAAAAAAACAAACGAAAUAUCUUAUGCGAAAUAAGUUGUCAUCAAAAAUGUCAUUUUAAUGCAAAUUUCUGUGACGAGAACAAUCGAAAAUCACUUCAAAUCUCUGGAAAACGCGAUAAACACGUUUUAAGAACACAUACAACGUGAAAAAAUACGAAAGAAUGGUAAAGUACGCAAGAAAAAGAGAAAAAACCGUAUUAAAAGUGAAUGAAAUUUUGUGAAGGUGACACGCGCCGCACCGCGUUGCGUUAGAAAAAACUCGCGUUUUCGCCCCAUUGCGACGACCUUUUUUUUCGCUUGCCGCCGUCUCUUUUGGAACACUGUGUAUAAUGAAGGAAAGUCUCAAGCAAUGCUCACCAAAAUCCAUUUGAAGUUCCGAGUGAAAUUAUCUUUUUAUGGGGACCUGAAGGAGAGGCAAGUCAUGUUCAGAAAACCAAGGAAACGCAGAGGCUGCACGAAGAACAUCGACGGCACAACGACCUCGUAGUUCUCGACUUUGAUGACGCCUACUACGAGCUGCCACUGAAGACGUUCGCAAUGUUGAACUACAAAGCGAAGAAGUACUUGGAGAGCAAAUGUCUCGUCAAGGCCGACAUUGACAACGUCCUCCUCCUGCACAACUACCAGCGUCUCUGCGAAGAAACCGGUGAUUUUUCGUCAGUUUUCUUUGAAUUUCUUCCGGCUCAGUCGCUCCAGCCAUCUUGGGGAAGUGCGACGUACCACGUGGCGUCUUCCGCAAUCAGAGCAAAUGGGCGGUCCCUCAAUACGUGUACCCUUUCUCGCUCUAUCCGCCUUAUUGCUCCACUGGAACGUACCUUCUUGUUGGUGAGCUUGAAAAAUCCUUCUUCCAACCAAGAUGCUUCUUUUCGGGUUUAGAAAUUAGAUAAACCAAUGAAGUUCUUCAUAAUUUUUUCGAAGGGAUAUUUUUAUAAUUCUGUUAAUUUUACACAUCUGAAUUCCUUUUUUAACUUUUAAUUAACCUUACAAUAUUUUUAAUUAUUACUGUAAGUUAGCAGGGUUACAACCUUCAAAGUCUCUGUCUAUAUAUUUUGAGCGUAUGGAUGGUAAGACCGAUUCUAAACUCAAAAAACUGAGUAAAGAUAUAUUUUGAAAAAAAGUUAUCAAACUUCAAAAAGAAUAAUAUGGUCGUUCAAGACAGUUUUUCUUUAAAAAAAUUUUUCUCGUUUUGGGAAGAAAGGCGUUUGGCUGGAAGAAGGUCAUCAACGCUGCUACUAGGCUUUAGUAACUAGAGUGCUCACUUCAGGGGCCAAACUACCUAAAAGACUCGUUGAGAGCGCCCUCAGCAGCCAAUUCUCCACCUCAAAAAACUUUCGGUCCGUUUUUGAAGGUCUUUUUCGUGAAAGUUUUUUUCCGCAGGAUGCUUCCGGAAGACGUCAUUUUCACGGGGAUCCUCUCAGAGCGCAUCGGCGUCCGUCGUCGUCACGUCGGAGCGAUGACCUUCAGCGAGGUACCAGAAUUCGUCUGUCGCAACGGCUUCCGCCACGCCUACAGCAUCCACAUGAGCCGCGACAAGAAUCACGUCAAGCACCACCGAAAAUUACUCAAAGUCGAGGGCACGCCGUGUGGCUUCUUCUGA